CGACUGUUCAGUCGAGUGAAGAACGCUAAAGAACGCCGAACGCAGCGCAGCUCAGCACAGCACUGGAAUAAUCACAGAACGAGUGUGAGAGAGAGGGAAAGAGUGAAAGUGACCAAAAAGUCAAAACAAUAAUCAAUAAUCAAAGACUUUGAUAAGUGAGGAUGAGGAACCUUUAUUGGGUAUCUCUAUGUUUCAUGUGGAUUGCGGGCAGUUCGGCUGCCGUGCCUGUCAUCACGCAAAUCAGCAAGGAUGUGGUGGCCAGUGUGGGGGACAGUGUGGAAUUCAAUUGCACUGUGGAGCACGUGGGCCAGUUGUCUGUGAGCUGGGCCAAGCGGAGCAGUGAAUCGGAUACCAAUUCGGUGGUCUUGUCCAUGAGGAACAUAUUGAGUUUGCCCGAUCAGCGCUAUAAUGUCACCGUAAUUGAAGAUCCCAAGACGGGCAGUGCUGUGUACACGUUCAGAAUACGAAAGAUCGAGGCCAGUGAUAUGGGACCCUAUGAGUGCCAAGUGAUUGUCUCGGCCACGGAAAAGGUCACCAAGAAGUUGAAUUUACAAAUUAAAACCCCGCCAGUGAUCUCAGAGUCAACGGCAAAAACCACUCUAGUGACAGAGGGACAGAAUCUGGAGUUGACUUGCCAUGCCAAUGGUUUCCCCAAGCCGACCAUCUCCUGGGCCCGGGAAAAUAAUGCCAUUAUGCCAGCGGGUGGUCAUCUGCUUGCGGAGCCGACGCUGCGCAUCAAGACGGUGCAUCGUAUGGAUCGCGGUGGUUACUUCUGCAUUGCCCAGAAUGGUGAGGGUCAGCCAGAUCGACGCUUGAUACGCGUAGAAGUGGAGUUCAGACCCCAGAUAGCAGUUCAAAGACCCAAAAUAGCUCAAAUGAUCUCCCAUGCAGUGGAAUUGGAAUGCUCUGUCCAGGGAUAUCCUGCUCCCACUGUUGUCUGGCAUCGGAAUGGAGUCCAAUUGCAAUCGAGCCGCUACUACGAGAUUGCCAACACGGCCUCCUCCUUUGAGACGACUACAUCGGUGCUGCGUAUUGCCAGCGUUUCGGAUGAGGAUUUCGGGGAUUACUUCUGCAAUGCCACCAACAAGCUGGGUCAUGCCGAUGCCCGACUGCACCUCUAUCAGACUGUCAUUCCUGUGCCCACAUUGUCGUAGAUACACUCACACAAACAAAGAACCACACACAAACACACAAAAGACUUGAUCAUCAGUUUUACUUUACUUUAAUUUUUCGGCAAUUUUGUUGGUGUCUCCGGAUGCUGCCGUUUUAAUGAUUCAUUCAAUUAAGUCUCAUAUAAUUUUUGAUUCACUUGUUGUAUAGCAUAAUCUCCAUCCAGACUGUCUUGUGCCUUAAGAAUUCGCUGUGUAUACCAGAGAAGAAAAUACAUAUAUAUAAUACAUAUCUACUA